AUGGUGAAAAGUCAGGAAAAGCGAGCUUCAAAUUGCUUCGUAAUCAAACGAGAUGGAAGGCAUGAAGAUGUUUCUUUUGAUAAGAUUUCACGUCGUAUCAAGAAGCUGUGCUAUGGAUUGAGUCCAGAACGAGUGGACCAUAUUGAAAUAUCACAAAAAGUAAUCGCUGGGUUGUACAAAGGUGUAACAACUGUUGAGUUGGAUAAUUUGGCUGCGGAGAUUGCUGCUGAUUUGAUAACAAAGCAUCCUGAUUAUGGUUUCUUGGCUUCACGAAUUACUGUAUCUAAUAUGCACAAAAAAAUUGAGAAAUCCUUUUCAAAAGUUGCUGCAACAUUGUAUUUUACUAAACAUCCAAAGAGUAACCGUCAUAUGCCUCUAAUUAGUAAGGAACUGUUCGAAAUUGUUCAGAACAAUUCAAAUGUGCUGGACUCAGCCAUAGUUCAUGAUCGGGAUUAUUGCUACACCUAUUUUGGUUUGAAAACUCUUGAACGUUCAUAUCUGUUAAAAAUCAAUGGCGCAGUGGCUGAACGUCCUCAACAUAUGUUAAUGAGAACUUACCAGUUGAUGUCCGAAAGAUGGUUUACACAUGCAACACCAACUCUUUUUAAUAGUGGUACGUGCAAACCACAAAUGAGUUCGUGUUUCUUGUUGACAAUGUUUGACGACAGUAUUGAAGGCAUAUUUGAAACAUUGAAAAAAUGUGCAUUGAUUUCAAAGAAUGCUGGUGGUAUCGGUUUAAACAUUCACUGUAUACGUGCUACUGGUUCAGCAAUUGCUGGAACAAAUGGCGUUUCUAAUGGGUUGGUACCAAUGCUUCGAGUAUUUAAUAGUGCAGCACGAUAUGUCGAUCAAGGUGGCAAUAAGAGACCAGGUGCAUUUGCAAUUUACUUAGAGCCUUGGCAUUCAGACAUUUUUGAAUUUCUGGGCUUACGAAAAAAUGUGGGGGAUGAGCUUGAACGGUGUAGAGAUUUAUUUCUUGGCUUAUGGGUUCCCGAUCUUUUUAUGGAGCGUGUUCGCGAUGACAAAACUUGGUCACUGAUGUGUCCUGCUGAAAGUCCUGGUCUGCACGAAGUUUGGGGUGAAGAAUUCGAAAGACUUUAUAUGAAAUAUGAAGAAGAAGGUAGAUAUAGGGAACAGAUUCCCGCUAGAAAAUUAUGGGAAGCAAUUGUUUGCUCGCAAAUAGAAACUGGUGUACCAUAUAUGGUUUAUAAGGACACUUGUAAUCGGAAAAGCAACCAGAAGAACUUGGGCACUAUAAAAUGUUCUAAUUUGUGUACUGAAAUCGUUGAAUAUUCAUCUCCGAAAGAAAUCGCAGUUUGUAAUUUAGCGUCGAUUGCUCUCAGUCGUUUUGUUACAGAGGAAAGAACAUUUGACUUCGAAGCAUUGCGCCAGUAUUGUAUAGAUUUCUACUAUAUGAUAGUAAAGAAAUUAUUUCAGAUUACAAAAGUAGUAACGAAAAACUUGAAUAAAAUAAUAGAUCGCAAUCAUUAUCCGGUCCCAGAAACAGAAUUUUCCAAUAAAAGACAUCGUCCUAUUGGCAUUGGUGUACAAGGUUUAGCUGAUGCUUUCAUUCUUAUGAGGUAUCCAUUUAUUAGUGAAAAAGCACGCGAUUUAAAUAAGCGUAUAUUUGAGACGAUUUAUUAUGCGGCACUCGAAGCUUCCUGUGAACUUGCGGAGCUGUAUGGUCCAUACGAAACUUACCAUGGUUCGCCUGUUAGCAAAGGAAUUCUACAGUUUGACAUGUGGGACGUGACGCCAUCUGACCAGUGGGACUGGAAAACUUUACGGGAAAAAAUAGCAAAGAAUGGUAUAAGAAACAGUUUGCUUAUAGCUCCGAUGCCUACAGCUUCGACAGCUCAAAUUCUGGGAAAUAACGAAAGCAUUGAGCCUUACACUACUAAUGUGUAUACUCGCAACGUUUUGUCAGGAAAUUUUCAGAUUUUUAAUCAGCACUUGGUAAAAGACCUUAUCAAUCUUAACUUGUGGGAUGAAGGCAUGAGAAUGGAAAUAAUAAAAAACAAAGGAUCGAUUCAAGACAUUACUCGAAUUCCUGAAGAAGUCCGAAAUCUUUACAAAACUGUUUGGGAAAUGUCGCAGAAAGGUCUAAAAACUGGUAUGUAUUAUCUCCGUACGAGGCCAGCAGUUGAUGCAGUGCAGUUUACUGUUGACAAAACUCGUCUCAAAAAAUACUUCGAGAAAGACUUGAGUACUACUUCGGAAACAACUUCAGAUCCCACAGCUGCUACGAAUCCCGAACUCUGCUCCAAAAUGGAGUCAGCGGUCUGUGUGGAAUUCACAAUUGAGGGAAGAACGAAAGAAGCACGAAAGCGAAGAGUAUAUUUUGUAUGCCUUAGAUAUCUAAGACGGAUGUUUAGGGCGCUUGUUGUCGCAUUUGGGCGACAAAUGUCUCGUCCAUUAGCACGUAAAAUUAUAGCUUAUGCGAUUAAACAUCCAUAUUUAAGGAACAGAAUACUUAUCCCAGUGGGUAGAAGCUUACAUGCCAUAUCUUUUCGUCUACGAAUUAAAAGUAUAGGCCUUGCAAUACCAUCACAAACACCAACCGUAUCAGAGCAACAAGCUGUUGAAAUGGCUAGCGAGACGCUUGUUGAGACACUUAUUUAUUUAACUACUGUCUCGUUGAUAUAUGCAAUAUACAGAUCGAAUCCAGAAAAAGCAAAAGCAAGCGAUGUUGAAAGAUACGUCAAAGAAAAUGAGGAAAGGAUACAUAAAUUUGAAGAGAAAAUGAAGGAACAAGAUGAAAUUGUGAUGAAGAUAGUCAAAAUUAUUCGUGAAAGCAAACUGGAUGACAAGAACCUCUUAGCGGAUAAACAGAAAAGUCAGCUUCUGUCCUUCAUUAGUGACAAAAUGAAAACACUGAUUCCUGGACAAGAUUGA